UGGAAAAUGGACAUAAAUUACUACUAGUAUAAUAGACCCUUUUAACCAUAAGCAUUUAAUGGUCAUUAUAACCACUUAGAUCACGUACAUGAUCAUAUUAAUCAUAAAUUAACACAAGCUAAACAUUUUUAUUACAACAUCAAAUCCUAACCUCCGUACUAUGCACGAAUUCCACUGAACCUGAGUGCAUGCAAACCUUUUUUUUUGUGCAACAACAUGCAAACCUUUUUUUAAGGAAUCAAAAAAUAUUAAAUGAAACGAGCCUUUUUAAGUGUAAUAAGAAACACAAGAGUAACAUUUCAUCAUAUGAAGAAGAACCAUGCAGCUGCGAUGAGAACAGAUCCAGAGAUAGAGAUCUCAAGCGACGAGGCUCUUCCCGUCGGGGCUGAAGCUUCGGGGCCUUCACUGGUGGGUCCUUCAUCAGGGGACGACGACGGAGACAUGUCUGGUGUCGGAGACGGCGGAGAAGAUGCGGAUGGUGAGUCGGACGAGCUAGUAGGACCUUCAGACGAGCUUGUAGGGCCUUCAGACGAGCUUGUAGGGCCUUCGGACGAGCUUGUAGGACCUUCCGAUGAGCUUGUAGGACCUUCGGAUGAGCUGGUAGGACCUCCGGUGCUUGAGUCGGGGCUUGGAGCCGGAGUUUUGGCUGACGAAGAUUUUGGAGCGUUUGUGGGGGCGCCACCACCUGAAGAUGGGGAAGCGCUUGGAGUGGCGGAGGAGUUCUUCUUGGUGGUGGUGGGAGCAGAAGCCGUAGGCGGCGAGGUUGGGGCGGAAGCGGUGGAUUUUGGGGAUGCUGCGGCGGGUUGUUUGGGGGAUCCUGCGGUGGUUGGUUUUGGUGAUCCUGCGGCGGGUUGUUUGGGGGAUGCUGCGGCGGGUUGUUUGGGGGAUGCUGCGGCGGCGGGAGGAGUGGGUGAGCUUUUGUUGGCGUUGGCUUUAGGCGCUCCGGCUGGUGUUGGAGGAUCAGCGGCGAAGACAGCGGUAAUGGCCAAGACGGUGACGGCGAGAGAUAGGAGCGUAAUGGUCCUUGUCAUCUUUAUAUGUGAAUGUGAGAUUUUCUUAAAUGCGGUAAUUAAUUAUUAAAUUACUUACUUUUUUUAUCUCUUGUUUGCUUAAUGGCAAUGGUGAAAAAUAUAAAAGGGAAGAAAAGAGAUAUAGGGGAUUUAACCGAAGUUUCAGUUGACCGGGUCCAUAGGAGCUUGUCUUGGAAAAUUUUAUUGGUUUCAUCUUUUGUUUAGUUAAAGAGAGAACAUGUGGUGAUGGUAAUUUCCACUUUCAAAAGACAAUUGAGAGAACACGUGUCCUGUGUCCAACGUAAUGAGACUAUGUGAGAGUGAAGAUCAUAUUUAAGUUUAAAUUUAGACAGGAAAGUGAAGAUUAGUUAGCAUGGUGAGAUUGGUUUUACACUAAUUUUCUUCAGGUCUUUCUCAGCGUUUUGUAGU